AUGUCACCUAAAGAUGAUACUAAUGUUAUAUGGCAAACGAAUAUAGAAAAUUCAACACAAAUCUCUUUAACUAAUGGAAACCUAGACAAGAAUUUACGUUUAAUAUUGACUAGUCUUGCCGAAGCCUACAAUGCUGCAUCUCAUUGGGCGGUUCGUCAACAAAUUCUUUCGAUCAUGGCAAAUGAUGUUACCUUUUCAACAAUUCUUAUGUUUAUUCCAAAUUUAACAGAAUAUCGUUACUAUAGAGCUCGUCAAUAUGCCAAAUCUAUAGGAAAAGGUGUUGUUGUCGACGAUACCAGAACUCCAACGAUUCGAUAUGAAGAUUAUCAAUUAGAACAUUUUAUUGAAUUCAUUGUUUCUCCACAUAUUUGUACUGAUUUACCUUUUGGACAGAAGGAACUUCAUCUUUCAACCGGUGAAACUCUUCUUAUUCCACUGACAAUCCGAAAUCUAGCACCACAACGUAUCAUUAUUCAAUAUUAUAAUUAUUGCAAAGAAUAUUAUGGUAAUACAUUUCGUCCAUUAGGUCAAAGUUCACUUUUUUCAAUAUUAAAUGAAUGUACGGCAUCAACUCGUCGUUCCUUACAAGGAUUAGAUAGUUUUUCGGCCGAAGGAUCAACAGCAUUCGAUUUUUUAAUGUCAAUUGUCGACGGAUUAUCAACAUCAGGCUUGACAGCAAACAAUGCAGCUGAACUAAAACGAGAUCUUCAAGACAGUCGAAAUUAUUUGAAGGCCGAUUACAAGGUUCAUAUUUCACGCAGCAGUCCAGUUCCAGAUCAUUGCUCCAUCUAUGCUCUAAGCGAUGCUGCUGAUAAAUGCUGGUAUCAAGCUUGUGAUCAUAAUCAUGAUCAACAAUGUGAUCGAUGUGAAUUGCUCAAAAUUACUCUGGCUAAAAUUCGAAAAUAUAUUGAAGAAUAUCAAUCGGACGUCGCAAUACGUGAUCGUUUACUUUAUCGUGUACAACAACAAAUUCGAUGUAUUGAAGACUGGAAAGCCCAUCUAUUACGAACAAUUCAUCAAUAUCAAUCUCGUAUAGCCAUUUUAAACAAUCUCGACGAUGAAACAAUCAUGAUUCACGUUGAUUGGGCCAUGAAAUGGCUUCCAGUUAAGUAUAGAGAAUCAACAGUAAGUUUCCAUAUAUAGCGAUGUACCGAGAUCGAACCUCUCGGCGUUCGUUUGCAUGGUCCCGGUUAGUCUCGGGUGGAUGACUGGUUAUGUGCCGUUGGUUGACUAUGGAUAUUUGGAUCAGUCAGCGCGAGUGUUUAUAUGGGUGAAUGGCUAUCUUGAGAGAAUGAGUAUAGGCGGCUGGGCGCUGGUCAAUGGGAAAAGUGCUGACUAGUUACUGGUCAAGUGUCGAGGUGUUGACUAGAUGCUAGCCAGAUGUUGGUCAAGUGACCGAGUGUUGGCUGGAUGUUGGCCAGGUGCCAAGGUGCUGGCUGGGCGCUAAGAUGUUGACUAGAUGCUGGGUGUUUGUGCUUUCCCAUGCCUCGCACUCUCACCGACAUCAUAUUCACUCAUCCACCGGAGAUUGCCCGAGUCCGAGACUUAUCAAGACCGAGACCAUCAGUCUCAGCUUGAUCUCGAUACAUCUCUACCCAUAUAUAUGUGCGAUAUCCAAUACAGUGCUAAUAUAUUUUAGAAGGAUCACUUCGCCAAAAGAGGUUUAUCAUGGCACAUUGCUUAUGUAAUUCGCAAAACAUCUUCAACAUCAUCAAAUUCACCUAAUACAUCAUUCGAUUCGACAGAAGUUGCCAACCAACAUAGUUCAAAUGAUGAUAUAUUUCAGCAUAAAAUAUUUUGCCAUGUAUUUGAUCAAUGCGUACAAAAUGCUAAAACAGUUAUGUCGAUUAUCCAACAUAUAUUUCUAUGUCUUCGACAAACAGCACCCAAUAUCAAAUAUGCACAUCUAAGGUCCGAUACCGCCGGAUGUUACCAUAGCUCUGAGGCGUUAUUGAGCGUUGAGCAAUUAUUCAAAGAUACAGGAAUAUGGAUAAAAUCCAUUGAUUUUUCAGAUCCACAUAGUGGAAAGGGGCCAUGCGACAGGAUAGCAGCUGUGAUUAAAUGUUCAAUUCGUCGCUUUAUCGAUGAAAAACACAACUGUACAAACGCAACUGAAUUUCUGAAAGCUUCGGGUAAAUUUUUUACUAGUUCUCUUCGAUUUAGCAACUUACUUUACAUUGCUUAUUUUUUAGAAAGAACGAAAGGAGUAGAAUUCUAUGCAAGUGAAGUUCAAAAUACACAUAACGAAAAAAUCGAAUGGAAAGGCGUGAAACAAAUCAAUAACAUUGAAUACAUACAACGUCAAACAACAUCGUCUACAAAAACAUCAACUGAAGUUCGUGUUUGGCAAUAUUGGAAAGUUGGUCCCGGAAAAUUAUAUCGAUUAUGUGAUUUGCAAAAGAACAAUGUAAAAAUCAAUCAUUUGAGCGUAUUUUUUUCAACAAAUGUUUCAGUACCAUGGGUUAAUGAUUAUUACGAAAAAGCUGAUAGAAACAUUAUUUUUAUCUUUAAAAAAUUUUAUUUAUUUCAUAGAUAAAGACCGUCCAAAUGAUACAUAUUCGGAUGAUAGCAGUAGUAACGAAGAAUUACUUAGGGUUGACCAAAAGUUCGUAGAACAGUGUUGAAAGAACC